AUGACGUCCUCGCUGGUUGAAAAGCCGUUUCAGUUUCCAUUUCUUCAGAUAAUUUGACACUUCCUUACUCUUUGCACGAAAUUCAGGGACAUGGCCUCGAGUGGUGAAGAAAUCCAGCUUCCUUUACGAAGGAAAAGAGAGAACGGAGAGGACAGUGAUGGUGUCGCACGAAAGAGGUUGGAAUCUUGUUUGGAUCAGCCCACGGACUCAGUUAUUUGUGAAGUCGUCACGUAUACAGCGUCACCGCUACCUGAGAAACAUUAUGAUGCUGACACCACUGAACCAAUCACCUGUGGUCUUGAAUCAAUGGAGGAUGUGUUGUCGUGGACAAGAAGUAAGGCAAACCCCUUCAGUGUGGCAGUUGUCCCCUUGGCACCUCGGGAGCCUCCUCUGGACCGUUGUCUGCGACGGACCUUGGUGUCUCAUGACAUGAUGGGUGGCUACCUUGAUGACAGGUUUGUUCAGGGCACAAAUGCAGAGGCUCCAUAUGCUUUCUACCACUGGCAGUACAUCGAUAUUUUUAACUACUUUUCACACCACCUGGUAACUAUUCCUCCUGCCGUGUGGACCAACGCUGCACACAAACACGGAGUCAUCGUUAUUGGGACUUUCAUCACAGAGUGGAUAAGUGGAGCUGCGAUGUGUGAAGACUUCCUGAAAGAUGAGGAGUCAUACCGGAGAGUAGCUGAUAAACUUGUCCAGAUUAGCCACUGUUAUGGGUUUGACGGCUGGCUCAUUAACAUAGAGAACAAGCUCAGUGAGGUUGCGGUGCGAAAUGCGCCGCUGUUCCUGCGCUAUCUGACAGACCAGAUGCACGAGAGAGUGUCCGGCAGCCUUGUGCUGUGGUACGACAGUGUACUUGACAAUGGAGAGCUAAAAUGGCAGAAUGAGCUCAACCAGUCCAACAGGGUGUUUUUUGAUGCUUGUGAUGGCUUCUUUACCAACUACAACUGGAAGGAGGAGAACCUAGUGGGGAUGAAGAACCUGGCGCUCCAAGACCGCCAAGCUGACAUCUAUGUUGGAGUGGAUGUGUUUGCUCGAGGAGAGGUAGUAGGAGGAAUGUUUGAGACAAAUAAGGCGCUGGAGAUCAUUCGAAGGCACAACUUCUCUGUAGCCAUCUUUGCUCCUGGCUGGGUAUACGAGACUCAUGAGGAUAAGAGUGAAUUCCGCAAGAAUCAAGACAAGUUCUGGGCUCUUCUGUCAAACUACCUGUACAUCCACCGACUAGCCUCACCGCUCCCCUUCGUCUCCUCCUUCUGCCAGGGCUUUGGGAAUGCCGUCUACUGGCAAGGACAGCAUGAGACAAAUAGCAGCUGGUUCAACCUGACAGCCCAGGAGAUUCAGCCUUUGUACUACCACCAGACUCUAGGGGGUGUUGGCUGGCUGAGAAGCUCUGGCUGCCCGAAGGACGCCUGGAAUGGAAGUUGUUCGUUGCUGCUCGAAGGACUCAUCCCUGCAAGCCACACCACUCCAGUUUGUGCCAAGAUCUUCUCCAUCCAUGUACCCCUGCCGUCCAGUACACUGGUGAGCCUCAUCUACAAGGCGUCUCCUGGGAUCGCAGUCUCCUUGGAGCUGAAGACGACUGAUGCCAGUCAGUGCAGACAGGUCGAUGUCCAGGAAGUCCAACUUAACAGUGUAUCCCCUGAAGUACUGGAUGACGAGCACCAGUUAGUGAACAAGUUCACUCAGCUAUGUGGAAACUUGAACCACAAUGGUUGGACCAUGAGGUGUUCACAGCUGGGGCUUCACGGCUGCACACUUCGAGAAGUUUGUGUGAAGAUCGAACGCAUCGGACAGCCUAAGGACACGCCCUUCAGCUGCAGGGUGGGAGAACUCAUGGUCUUAGAUGUAGCUAGCCUGCAGGUGCCCCCAGACAGGAUUCAAGGUGUGUGCAUUGAUGACGUGGUGUGGCUGCGUGGGGCUGGAACCUCACUCCUCAACGCCACUCUGCGCUGGGACUACCCUGGCAACCUCGUACGUCACUUCAAGGUGUACUGGCGACAGCUGAGAGGACCUCAUCCCAGCAUCCCCCCCGGUCAGUUGGUUCUGGUGGGUCGCUCGUAUUCCAAUUUGUUCAGGGUGACGGAGCUGAGAGUGGCAGAACCUCCCGGCCUGUUGGAGCUGGUGGUGGAGCCAGUGAUCAAGAUGGGUUUCUCAGUCCCAGAGAGCCACUGGGGAAGAAGAAGCCUCAGCUACACGAAGGAAUCCUCAAAAUGAAUUUUACACAAAUACCAACCAGUAGCAUCUUCAUUUACUCUCAUGCUACGACUGUUACUAUCACACCUGUGAAGCAGAAUGUGGAGAAAUGCCUUAAUUUGUUUCAGGAUCAGUGGGCAUCACUGAUGUAAUCAGCAAUCUCAUCCCCGUGUAGAAGAAGCUUAAAGAAACAUUUCAAACAUUUUGUGAAAUGUGAAUUGAGGCUGUGUAAGUAUACUUAUGAAUACAGCUUUGUCUGUAACAUUUUACACCCUGUUCUAGUUCUAGUUAUUAACAAGAAUGUUCAACAAUUAAACUGGAUAACUGAAGGAUAAUUUCAAAAAUUUAAAUUGAAGGGAUAAAAGCAAAAUGUAUCCUGUACGAAAAUGCAAACGUGAUCCAAAUUUGGGUCAAAUAAGUCUGGUGUCUGGGCAUUGCAGACCUUUUUUUUUUUAAAGAAAUUUGUUAAAUUUGAUAGUUUUGAUCAGUUAUAGCCAAUAGCAUUCUAAACAAAUGAAAGGUGCACCUUACCCUUAUACUGUUUUAUGUCUUUGUCUGAAUAUCUAAUCACAGUCUGUAUAAGUGAAUAUAAUCAAAUCUACAGCCAUGCUAACUGCUUUAAUAACUAAGCUAAUACAAUGCUAAUAUUAGCAUGCUAACAUACUAUAUAUGUACAUGCGUGUCACAGGUGUUGUUUACAUAUUAACAUUUACAUACUAACAUUUGCUAACUAACACUCGACUCAUAGUACCCCUGUGCCUAAUGGGAAUUAUGGAAUGGAAUUCGCUAAACUUUGGUGCUAUCCUGGACCAGAGCCAAGGGGUGGCUAAGGUCUAUCAUCCCACCUAGACAAUGGUGAAGCCAGUGCUUAAUACCAGCCAAAAAGUAAAGGCUCUACAAUAUUCAUUUUUGUGUUAUUAUUCUUUGGGAGCAAACAUACAGAGAUUCAUACAGUACAACAUUAUUGCAUGAAGAUGAUGACUGCAUUUGCUAUGUUUCCUUGCAUGACAAGGAAAGUUCAUUUUAAAUAUCAAAGGGUAAACAGAUCUUCUCACUCUGUGCUCAGUGAUGGAAGUUUUGGUUGUAAUUUAAGGAUUGAAAUCUAGACAAUAAUGGAAAAAGGUCUCAAGCCACCCACUGUUUGUGUCUAUUGUAUUUUUUUUUAAGUGGUCUUAAGCAAAUUUCCUUGGACACUGGCUGCUUUUUCAUUCAUGUUCAGUCCAGCUCUUGUACCUGACCAUUUUCAAAAUGUUUUUGUCAAGCCUCUUAACCAUGAAUCAUAAACAGAGUAUAAAUGCUCGUUCAAGUAUAAAAAAGGAACCAAAUCAAGGUAUGAACCAGUUUUGUGUUCAUACACAACAGACAACUUAGCAAAGGACCAAUUUUAAAUUGUCUUUAUGCACCAGAAGCUUGUCACAAAUGAAACCAAAACAAAUUACAAUUUAUGGAAUUAUUAUUGUAGUAAAACACCAUUAGAUUGUUAGUCACCAUCCAGGAUUGUUUUUUAAAAAAAUGACUGACAGCAGCUUAAUUGUUCAGAUUGACAAUGACACACACACACACAAAAAUGAAUGCCUAAACCUACCCAUAACCCUGACACUAAAACCACAUUUUGAGCCUUGAAAAUGCCUUCAAACUUCUACGAACUGGGAUUUUGUUCCCCAUAAGUAUAGUAAACUUCCCAUUUUUGGUCCCCACAAAGAUAUUAAUACAUGUACAAAAACACAAGAACAUGAAGAUCCCAGGCCUCAUCAUUACUGAAGCAGUGUGGGAUCAUCUUAACAAAAAAAGGCAGCUAAGAUCCCAAGAAGCACCUCAGGAUGUCGUUCUUCUACUUAAAGAACUUUCAUGAAUACUUGCCUAAGAGAGUUCAGACUGUAUUGAAGAAUAAACUCUGUUUUUGCUUUAUAUGCAGCAUUUCCAUUUGUUUACACAUUUUAAUAAAUCACUGCAUCCGUGUCCCCAUUUUAUAAAAUGUCAAAUAUAAAAUGAGGGGAGGCUCAGGACUCUGUACUGUACAACUGUUACUUGACACUCUGUACAACAUCUAAAUAAAGACAACAUGAAGUAGCCUUUGUGAAA